AUGAAGUUGCUGAGAGUCCUUGUGCUGAUUGCCCUCCCCUUUUCCUGCUUUGCAGGUUCUGGAUGCCCAUUACUGGAAGAAUUGGUUAACAAAACAGUCGAUUCUCAAGUGAGCAUGGAUGAAUACCAAAACUUAGUUAGACCUUACUACACAUCUCAUCCUGAUUCUGAGGAGGCCAUGAGACAACUGAAGCAGUGUUUUCUCAGCCAGUCAAGUGAAACUCUGUGCAAUGUUGCAGAGCUGCUGAACAUGAUAUAUGAAAGUAAGUGGUGUGUUAUGUUUUAA